UUAAUUUUUAUCCGGCAUCGUUUGUUUUCUCGUAAAUUUUUAAAGCAAUAAUAGAAAUGGCUGCUCGUAAUAUAAUAAAAUUAGGUGCGUUAGAAGCUAAAAACACUGCUUUUCUAUUAUGUGACAUUCAAGAGACCUUCAGGCCUCACGUAAAGCAUUUUGGAGAGGUUGUAAAAGUUGCUAAUAAGAUGUUAGAGGCAGCUAAACAUUUCAAAAUACCAGUCUACGUGUCCGAGCAGUACCCCAAAGGUCUCGGUCACACGACUAAGGACAUCAAAUUAGAAGACGCAGCUUUAGUAUACGAAAAGACCAAGUUUUCGAUGUACACCCCUGAGUUGCAAGAACGCUUGAAGAAGGACGUUCCUGAAUUGGGCUCCAUUGUCAUGUUUGGAAUUGAGGCUCAUGUGUGUAUAGAGCAAACAGUCAUUGAUUUGUUGAGUCGAGAUAUUGCAGUACAUGUGCUAGCUGACGGUGUCUCCUCAAGAUCUCUGAUGGACAGAGGAUUGGCUCUUCAGCGUCUCCAGUCCAUCGGCUGUUUCGUAGGUACUUCAGAGAACGUUCUCUUUAAGCUUUUGAAAGACAAAAAUCAUCCUGCCUUCAAGCAAAUUUCUAAAUUAAACGUGACCCCCGCCGCAAACGAAUUUGGCGGUAGUCAGUAAAAAUUAUAAUAGUUUUGUGAGGAAAUUAGCGAUUUCUUUAAAAAAUAAUAUGUAAAAAUCGCACCUAAUUAUUUUAGGUUAUUUUUAAGGUUAACAGUGAUCGAAGGAACAGAUCAAAGCGUUUGAAAAAAAAAUUUAUGACAGCAGCUGUCAACGUCAAUUCUAUCAAAUAAAACUGAACUUGUAAAUAUAUUUAUUUUUAAUGGAAUAUUAAAUAAAUGAACAUUUUUUUAUAUGUAUCGU